UAUCACCCUCUGCGAUAGACAAUCUUCGGGAUGAGAAGAUGCAUAUGCUUCAAGUACGUCACGGUCAUAUGCAAGGUUAAUACUACAUAUAGCGUCGUACUUCUAUUAUGCCGCUUUGCCAUCGACAACAUGCAGCAUGACCUAAACGUUUGAACUCCCAUCUGAGAUUCUGAGUCUUACCCGAAUCUCAUCCACAGUCCCCUCACGUGUCAUUGUCCAUCACGCCGCCACGCCGCCCCGGGCCAUUCUCGAUCCUUGUCGUUUUGCUUCAUCGCACUAUCAUGCCCGGUACCUUAGAAGGCCGGUAUAUCAAACUCGAACUCAUCAGCGGGAGAAAUCUUAAAGUUCCCUCCCAGCGCAUUCCCGCAGGCAUCUACAUGUCCAUCAAUCUCGACUCGAGCAGGCGCUGGAAUUCAGCCAUAGGAGUCUUAUUAUCCGACGAAUCUACAGUGUGGGCCGAUACUGUGACCUUAUCAUUAGAUACGUCACUUGCAUUAUCGGUGGAGAUCAGGGCCUCCUUCGAGCUCGAUCGGAUGCUGGGCAAUGGAGAAGUCGUUGGAAAACUUGAAACAUCAUGGGAUGCGCUGCUCGAUCAUAGAAUUGAGCCUUUCAAUAUUUCCUUCCCGACCGUUCUUAGUGUUCACCCUUCCCUCACGCUGAAGGCCGCUGUUCUACUUGAUAGUGACAUUCAGGACAGCGCACUGCUUGACUCCGUCGGUGAAUGUGAGAUUGCUCGGAACACAGAUGCGGGCCAUGAACGAUUUGCCACAUACGUGACAAGCAACACGGUCUCUCACCUGGACGAUGCCGUACAACAUUUUCAGUCGGUCCUGGACCAGUGUCCGGUCGGCCAUCUUGACCGUGCAGCAGCUUUCACUAACCUCGCGUGGGCCCGCCUUCAAGGCUACAUUCAAAACGACUCUCAAGACAAUAUUGACUCUAUCACUUCUUUAUUUCGCGAAGCCCUUGCAUUGCGUCCGCAGGGCCACCCCGAUCAUCCAUUAUCCAUCUAUCACAUCCUUCAAGCUUUGAUUUGGUGCUACAGCGAGGAGGGCACCACCGUUUAUAUCCAGGAAUCUGCGCAACUGUCCUGCAAGUUAUUGCCCCUCUGUCCAGAGGGCACUUUCUUCCAUAGGAUUGCGGCAGGGGCAAAUGGCAUCGAUUAUGUGAUUCGUGCAUGCAACAAUCUUCCAACCGACGCAUCUGAUGAAGGCAUUCACUUUCGACAAGUUGCAGUGGAAGGACGCUUCCAAGAACGCGGUAGCAUUGAUGACCUAGACGAGUGUAUACAGCUUCGUCGUGGAGCUGUUUCUCUGUGUCCCCAGGGACAUCCUGGACACUAUACCUACCUGAAUAACUUGGCUUUAUCACUCGGUUACCGCUUCAAUCACCAAGGCAACUCUCAUGACCUCAAUGAAGCCAUCUCUUUGUACGAAGAAGGGCUGCGCCUGUGCCCCGCCAUAUCUGAUGCUAACGACAUCAUGAGAGCCAUCAGCCUACAUCGCGAGGCACUGACGUUGUGCCCGCCUGGGAAUCCAUAUCGUGAGACCAUGCUCCACAACCUUGCUCUCGCUCUCCACGACAGAUAUGCCAAAUUAGAUGACAGCGAGGAUUUCGACGAGGCCAUCGACCUGUACCGGGAAUCACUUCAGUUACAGCAGCAUGGCCAUCCCAGUCGCCAUACAACUCUUGACAAUUUGAGCUCGGCGCUCCGCUAUCGUUUCACGCAAACUCAGAGGAAUGGAGAUGUCGAGGAGGCCAUCCGACUGUGCCAGGAGUCGUUGGAGACCUUGUCUUCACUGCACCCGGAUAGAUAUUUCAGCUACAUGGUGUUGCAGGAAGCCUAUCUGUCUCGUUACCGAGUGCAACACGACCUUGCCGAUUUGUCGCUCGCCGUGGAGAACUUCAGACUUGCAUCACGUCACCCCACUCAAGGAUUUCCGCACCGCAUCAAAGAGGCUAUAGACUGGGCUCACCAAGCUGAGGUUUAUCGACACGACUCUGCUCUCGAAGCAUACCGAAUCUGCUUGGAGCUUUUCGACAACCACGUGAUGACACGAUCAACGAUCAUCUCACGGCGUGAGGCUGCAACCGCUGUUCGCGAUGCACGGUCACUGCCAGUAGAUGCAGCCUCGUGUUCCAUACGUCGCGAGGAUCUGCAACAAGCAGUCGAACUCCUGGAGCAGGGUCGUGGCCAGCAGUGGUCGCUGGCCUCUCGACUCCGGACUCCGCUGGAAGACCUCGAGGUCACAAAUUCCAACCUUGCUCACAAGUUCUCGGAACUCAGCAAGCUUCUUUCUGAUGCUCAGGGUUCUGCCGGCAGCGCUGACCGAGUUGCUGCUGAUCUAGCAGCAAUUCAGUACAGGAGACUUCAGGAGCAGUGGGGAGCUGCAGUAGCUGAAAUUCGCAAUAUCCCAGGUUUCUCGCGAUUCCUGCUCCCCCCAUCGUAUACAGAAUUGCAAGCGGCAGCACGUCAUGGACCACGCCAUCAUUGUCCCGACCUCGGGAGAACCACACCAUGUUCUCUUCCCGCGCAUCACUCUCGCACAUCUGGAGAGCUCAAGAGCGACUUUGCCAGGGAGAUACGACUUGCAUCUUUUAUGCGACCAGAGGAGACGAGGAAGGAAUUGCAAGUCCUCCUGAGGACAGUAUGGGACGAGAUCAUGCUUCCCAUCGUCAUCGUCCUCCAGCGGGAUCUCAGAGUGACGAGCCGGUCUCGAAUCUGGCUGUGUCCAACUGCAACCUUCACUUCUAUUCCUCUCCACGCAGCUCACCCCUUUCGAACGAAGGCGGACGGACGUGGGAGGGAACUAUGCCUGGAGGACGUUUAUAUCUGUUCAUAUACGCCGACACUUUCAGCUCAGAUCAGAUCUAGACAGAUGAUGAAGACACAUGUAACUACUCCGUCCUUUGUUGCAAUCGGACAAAGUGUACCGGAUGCGGGGCAAGACGGGGCGCUCUUGGCUAUCGACAGCGAGCUCGAGCUCGUCCGCAAGCUCGUCCCUACGACGGCCAAAACUACCACUCUCUCUGGCGAUGACGCCACGCGAGCAGGUGCACUCGACGCUUUGCGACGCAACACCUGGGUGCACCUCGCUUGUCAUGGGAAACAGGACCGCGAGCAGCCUUACCAUUCACGUUUCGCCAUGAGAGACGAACCUCUGACGCUGCUCGAUAUCAUGGAGAACGACACUCCGCAAGCUGAGUUCGCAUUCUUGUCGGCGUGUCAUACCGCGGUUGGCGACGAGGAGACACCUGACGAAGUGAUUCACCUCGCAGCUGGACUACAGUUUUCUGGAUUCAAGAGCGUCAUUGGCACGCUGUGGGUGGUGGACGACGCUGUCGCAAAACACGUUGUCGAAGCUUUCUAUGAGAAUAUGUUCAAGGAUGGUGUGAUAGACUGCACGAAGGCGGCCUGGGCACUGAACCGUGCUACGUGCUCGGUGAAGACGAAAGUGCCACUCGAGCAGAGGAUGGUUUUCAUACAUAUUGGCGUGUAG